GGCGGAGCGGGGCGCGCCCGCCCCAUGCACCGGAGCCAUGAGGGCGGGCAGCCCCGGGGGCCCGGGCCGCCGCGCCCCGGCCGGCGCCGAGGCGGGCAAGGCGGUUUAUAUAGGGUGCCCCGCGCUCGCCCGGCGCAUGGAGCCGCAGCCUCCCUCUCCCGCUCUCUCCCGCAAGGUGAUGCCGCCGGAGCCGCUGCCCCAGGGGAGCGCCCGCUGCCUCGACCCGCACGCCCGCGCCAUGUCGCAGCCCGACGGGGAGCCGCUGCCCGGCGCCCUGGAGAAGGAGGACGCCCGCUCGGCGCCCAGCACCCCGUCCACGCCGUCCGUCUGCUCGCCGCCGUCCUCCUCCUCCUCGUCCACGCCGUCGGCCGGCAAGAACGUGUGCUCCAGCUGCGGGCUGGAGAUCCUCGACCGGUACCUGCUCAAGGUGAACAACCUCAUCUGGCACGUCCGCUGCCUCGAGUGCUCCGUGUGCCGCACCUCGCUGCGGCAGCAGCACAGCUGCUACAUCAAGAACAAGGAGAUCUUCUGCAAGAUGGACUACUUCAGCCGGUUUGGUACCAAGUGCGCCCGCUGCGGCAGGCAGAUCUACGCCAGCGACUGGGUGCGGCGGGCGCGGGGCAACGCCUACCACCUCGCCUGCUUCGCCUGCUUCUCCUGCAAGCGGCAGCUCUCCACCGGCGAGGAGUUCGGCUUGGUGGAGGAGAAGGUGCUGUGCCGGAUCCACUACGACACCAUGAUCGAGAACCUCAAGCGAGCGGCGGAAAACGGCAACGGGAUCACGCUGGAGGGGGCCGUGCCCUCGGAGCAGGACAGCCAGCCGAAGCCGGCCAAGAGGGCCCGCACCUCCUUCACCGCCGAGCAGCUGCAGGUAGCGGGGCUGGGCUGGGGGUGGGGGGGUCCACGGUGCCCGGCCGCACCCUGACCCCUCUCCUCGCCGCCCGCCAGGUCAUGCAGGCACAGUUUGCUCAGGACAACAACCCCGACGCACAAACGCUUCAGAAACUCGCAGACAUGACGGGGCUGAGUCGGAGAGUCAUUCAGGUUUGGUUUCAAAACUGCAGAGCCCGCCAUAAAAAACACACGCCCCAGCACACGGUGCCGCCCUCGGGGGCCCCCCCGUCCCGUAUCCCCUCCUCGCUCCCCGAGGACAUCCACUACUCGCCCUUCAGCAGCCCAGAGCGGGCCCGGAUGGUGACGCUGCACGGAUACAUAGAGAGUCAGGUACAGUGUGGACAAGUGCACUGUAGACUUCCCUACACUGCUCCACCAGUGCACCUCAAAGCAGACAUGGAAGGACCACUAUCUAAUAGGGGUGAGAAGGUCAUCCUCUUUCAGUACUGACUGCGCGAGCUCUUCCUCAUCUGCCCAUGGCGCUACCAGCACCACUGCCCCUCAGUCGCUGAAACAGCGUCCAGCCCGAGGCAACUGUUCUCAGUCAUGCAGGAGAAACUCAGAUCCAGCACUCUCAGUUGUUCCCAUUGACCAGCAUCUAACAUCCACUAUUAUUUCUCCAGCAACACUCUGUGUAUGUGUGUGUCGAGUGCAGAGUUACAUUUUUCACUUGUUUCUUGUGGACUUGUAGAAUGACAGUGAGUCUCUCCAAGGCAAUGCCAGACACAGCCAAAAUUAGUGACUCUGCUGUGCUUACAAAUCCUGCUCCCCAGUCACAGGAAUAUGAACAGAUCAGUUCACGCUGAGUCACAGGGGGUUCGAUGAUCACCUAUGAAUAUAAAGAAAGGAGGAAUUUACGUGGUUUGGCCUGAUUCUCUUUUUGCACCAGUGAAGCAGUGUUGGUUCCCGGACGUCCCUCCUUAUUUACACUUGCAUGUGUGAAAUCUGAAAUGGGCUCUUUGGCUCAGCAACUCAAUAUACACACAGGACUCCUGAGCCAAAGCCACAGGUAGCUGUGGCUCCACUAAGUGGAAAACAUGAUGCCAGCUGGAAAUAGGCAGUUUUCCUUCCUCCUCAAAGUGCUUUAGAAUCACAUGUCCUUUGAUCACUCUGUAAGGUAAGUAAACCUUAGUGUUUCCCCCCCUCAUUUUGUAGGAGGGGAAAUGGAGAUGUCCUGAACCGAAAGGAGUGGUGGGGGUUGGUGGCAGAGCCAGGUUUAGCACUCUGAAGGUUUUGAUUGCUGACUUGUUCUCAGAGCACUGAAUAUCUCUCUCCUCUCACAGCCAUCUGCCAAAUCUUUUAUCAUUGUUUUUAUUAUUAGUCUCGUUUUUUAUUAACAAGCUAGUUUAUUUCCUUGGAGUCAUGUUGGAUCACAAAUGGGUGUACCUACACAGAACUUAGACACUCCAUACACUGGGACUGGGGAAUCCUUAAAGGAAGCUGAUUGUAAAUGCGUAGAAAAGUUUUGCCCUGGUACAGACCCCAGGAGAGGGACCCAGCGCCGUGCCCAGUGCUCACUGAGGGCAGCAGGGGAGGAACCCGGGAGCAGUCAGGGAAGUGCAACUGGCGGUAAGGCCGGCAGGAGCGGUCCCCGGCCGAGCGGCAGCAAGGUGACGGCGUAUUCCUUUGUCUGGCAGCGUCCGAUUACCUCUGCCCUUGCGUUGUUCCCUCUUCCCGGAGCAUGACUGUUGCUUCUGCCACGACUGGGAUGGAGGCACAGCCCCAGCCGGCUGCUUGCAGAGGAGCAGGUGAUGCGGGGCUCACCCUCAGAGGCAGUCUCACUGCAACAACAAAGGAAGUACUCGGCCCUCUGGCCCCAAAUCAGGAAAAAGCCUCUGAAAUGAUACUUCAUUGACAGUAAUAACAAAAGUAAACAGCUAGCAUUUGCCAGCCCUUCUCAGCUUGCACCAAGCCAAGAGCAGGCCGAUAACAAAAUCUCUCUCCACGUGAGCACACGGGUCUGUCUUGCUGCUCGGUGUCUGCACGGCAUUUCCAAGAAUGUGAAAGCCUACCAUGAGCCACAGUUAGUGCAUGACGUGACUAAGCGGUGCCUGCGGGACAGACGACAGGAAUCCAUCAGUUGCAUAACUUGUUUUCGGUUCAAGCCGUAGAUACACGUGUUUUUCUCUCAGGGAGAUCCAUCUCCAGCAGCCCGUGGCGGCUGAGCUGGGUGGGUGGCACCAGGCCGGGCCCGCUGGGCACUGGCAGCCCUGCACGGUCACCGCGGGCUGCUCAGGGACUUGUGUGAGGAGACAUGGAUAUCUGCUGAGGUGGCCACCAAGAUCUCUUGAUUUGAGGAAUAACCGAAUACAAGCACACGCUGAUACAUGUUGGAACAAAUACAUACAUACCUCUGUGUGUGUGUAUGUAUAUAAAGCAGGGAGAGUGAUGGUAGUAUUCAGACAGUUAGGCCAGUAUUCUGUCUAAUUGCAGCUAGCAGCUCUACCCCCCCAUUUAAAACAACAUUUGGAAGGAGGGAGGAAAUUAGGUCCGCAAAGUAUUAUCGUCACCUCCUGACACGCCAAUAACCGCUUCCAGCGUGUGACCCAUGACAAGGGACUCCCACACGCGUGGCCUGGCAGGAACCACCACUCCAAAGUGUCUCCGUGGGGCAGGAACAGUCACAAGCUGCUCCCGUUCCUGCCACUUUUCUCCCUGUCUGUAGCAACGAGCGAAAAGACUGGCAGACCUUUUGUUGGCUGUGAGUGCUGCUUCCUGGCAUGGGUGGCUGCGGGGUGUACGUGGCAUGCUGUGUCCGCGUGAAAUGGCCUUCAGAUGCUGGGGGUGGUCGGCGGGGUCACCAGGGCCCCACUUUCUUCUCCAUUUGUGCUCGCGCAUUGGAAUGAUUGUUUAGUUGUGGACUUAGUGCUAUAAACUAAUGGGUAGCUGUCCAAUUUAAGGCUGAAGGAGAGACCUCAGGCUGUAACUUGACCUGACAUCCCCCAGUACUUGAGAUUUCCACAACUGUUUUGUUGAGGGAGAAAACGGUCUGUUGCAUUUAUCUUCUGUCUCAGCAGUGCAGUGAAAGGGAGGCUAUUAACUGUGUAUCUGCUAAAUAUCAGCUUAGUUACUGACCAAGAGAACCACUUGUGAAAUGUACUGUAUGUCAAAGUUUUUGUAGCUGAUACCAUGGACGGGACCACGUGCAAAGCGCAGGGUAACGCGGAGGUCUCUCCCCAGCCGCGCUGUGCUCACAGCGACCUGCACCGCACAGACCCUGCCCGAGGGCAGCUCCCCCCGUAAGUAGCCAGGA